CGGCUUGUCUCAAUGCAGUUCCCUUUGUCAGUCGAUACUGCUCAAUCCUUUCCCGCUUGCAUUGUUCUAUGAUCAUACUUAGUAGCAUACGACGUGGAUUUGUGGUCUUUGGCCUAAUCCAACAGAGCCUCUCGCAUUUCUCAUCGCCCCUUCUGCUGUGACCGCUCUUCUGCACGCCCCUCGGUACGACAUUAGCCCCUGCUGCGAACCUGUCUCAGGUCAGAAUCGCAUUGCUGCCAUCGAGACUAGCAAAGAAAAGAUCCCCGGUACAUCAAAUCAGCGACGAUCGCGUUUGGACUUGCAUGGCUGGUGCGCUUCGUGGUACAUGGCGCUUUCACCCUGAGUUGAGGGGAAGCCCAUCAAGCGCGUUGGGAACCAGGUAGCCUUGGAAAUGGCAGGAGUUGCUUCGGCGGGACCAACCCCCGCCGUCGUGAAUGGCUCUCAGAAUGCUUAUGAUGCGGUGGGCUCUGUGAGUCAGGAGAACUCGGCAUCAAGCAAGACACGUCCUUCCGGCCUCCGCCAGAACUCUGCGAGCUCUACGCGUACACCACUCUCGAGCCUCGCGCCCAAUCGCAAGGAUAGCAGUGGCACGGGUCGCAUCUCCAACCACCGUGUGGAAGAGCUAGGACAGUCGGAAGGGAAAUUAAUACGGAGUGGGAGUGAGCCGGACAGUUUACUCGAUCUCUACAACCAAAGUAGUGGGAAUGUCAGUCAACAAAACAAAGACGGCGACAAUGACAUCCCCGAGAAUAUGUACCGGCCGCAGGAGGACGAUCCUGAAGGAUGGAUUCAUCGAGAUAAGCUCGCUAAAAUCGAGAGCGAAGAACUACAAGCUGCAGGGAUCAACCUGGCAACUGCACGGCGCACUGGGAACAAGCCCGCCAGAAGGGAGACAAGUCGAGGUCGACUAAGUGAGGAGCGCAAUGUUCCUGCGAGAGGCGAACCAGAAGACACCAGACCACAGCCCCUAGAAGAGGAGGAUGAACAAGCCAACUGGGAUUUCCGCACACCGGAGGAGAUUUCAGCUGAACAAACACCUUCUCCCAUAUACUCCAACCCGGUGUUGAAGAAGUCAGGGUCGAAAAUACCGGUUCUAACUUCGAGUCCGCUCCCUAUACCGCACGAGAGGAUUGAAAGGGAUACACCUUUGGUCAGGAAACGCACUAUUAGUAAUAGUAUGAGUCCUGAAGAUGGCAUACCCGUGCUCAAGAUACGAAUGCGACGAGGGAGUACCGGGAGCGCCGCCCUGCUGGACGAGGGUGAGUCCUUGGGUGCAACACCGGUCUUCGCCAACGGGACAAGGCUACCUACUCCCAAACAGUCUUCUCCAACCAAGAUGAAAUCGAAAACCGGCCAGUCAUCACCACCAGGCACCUCCGCAGGAAGGAAAGUUUCCAGCAACAGUGGGGCGAGGAAAGCGACAGCAAACGCGAAGAAUGGCGCAACUCCCUCACCCGGCCAAAGACCUGGAACAAGGUCGGGAGAACUAGAUCGGCCUCGGACUGCUGUGAAUAGACCUGAGGGAGAUCCUCCGUGGCUGGCAACCAUGUACAAACCAGACCCGAUGCUACCACCUGAUCAACAGAUUAUCCCAACACAUGCUCGACGGCAGCAACAGGCUCAAUGGGAGGGGUCUGGUGCUGUCCCCAGCACAUAUGACCGCAACUUCUCCCCACUAGCUAUCCAUACGGGGUCGAUCUCGAAAGGAGCAUCUCCGAUCCUACAUUCCUCUCCGUCUCUCGCACCCGGCAGGGAUGGUGAUGAUGAUGAUGAUGAAGCAUCGUGGCCGCUCAAACCAGUCCCAAGUCCCAAUUUGAGAGGCCCCGCAAGUCCCAGACCUGGCACGGGCGGCAGCACGAAUGGCGGAUACAGCACCAUGCCGAGAGUGGCGAGUCCCGCCAUCAUGCAUAGCCCGCGAAUGGGAAAUAUUUCGACGGUGCCAGCUCAGCCUACGAGGGUGCAGCGUAUAGAACACAACGACAUGGACGAGAAAGUGAAGGAUAAGAGUUGCGGUUGUUGCAUUGUCAUGUAACUCAGGCUCCUUGCAGGUGACGUCGGGAAUAGCAAGAAUGCUUCUCUACAUGACAAUACCCCCUUUUUUCAUUUGUUCGAGGAUGGAAUUCAGUAGCUGUUUUGUUUCUUGAUGCAAUUUUAGCGGGAGUGAAUUUGGUGUCCGGGUUGAGCGGAGCGAGGCUUGGAGUCCAGUCUUGAAUUUUUCUUCUUGUCUGUCAAUACCGAGACUGGAAGAGGAUUGGAGAACGUGACCAUUUUGUGGAGGGUUGAGGAGGAGAGAAGAAUGCAUCGCUGGCGAGGUGAAGUUGGCUAGGGCAUGGAAUCAUCGACUUGCCUUGUGAAAGGAGGAAUACGCAAUGGCUACAGUAUCGAGCUGCCGAGAAUAUUGGCGAGAAACCAUCACUGCGCUCUUCUGAGUCGAGUCUGGAAGGAAGGCUGCAAAGGUUCAAGUCUUCCUGUCUGUACCUAUCUUCAAAGCUGCCCUGCCUCAGCACUGUUAUUAUCUCGCAUCGCCACUAUAAG